AUGAAGGAGGAAGAGAAACACAUCGUACAGGUGAAUGACAUCAAGGGCUACUAUAAAAAGACAUUCACCAAUGAGUUGGUGCUUUCACUGCAGAAUGAAAUAAACAUAGAAGACCUCCUAUACUCAUACAACUACUAUUCCAAUUUACUAACGGAAGAUGAUAAAUUUGAUAAUGAAGAGGUGGGGAGUGAGUACCUGAAGAGUGAAGACGAAAUGGAGAAGUCACCAUCAAUCGGUGGAGACAAGAAAUAUAAAGUAAGGAAAGAAGAUUCGGAAGAAGAUAUGAUCAAUUAUUUUGAUCCAACUGUAAGUGAAGAAUUGUAUGAAGAAAAAAUCGAACAAACAUUCGAAUAUUUAGAUAAUUUUUUAAAAGCAUUUUAUGUUCCAAAUGAUAUGAACAAGUCAGGUGAAAUGGAAAUAAUAAAUGACGUAGUGAAAAAUUUAGUAAUAGAAAAAAUAAAUAAUGAUGAAUAUAAAAUCUUGGACAUGCAAUGUGAGAAAUUCCAGAUAUAUGAAAUUACGUUAAUUAUCAUUGCGUACAUUAUUAGGAAUAUUUUCAGCUUAAGUUUGGGAAGGAAAAUUAUUUUCUCCAACGAAAAAAUGAACAAUCUCUUGUUAAGAGCAUUGUAUAAGCAAAAUAUAUACAUACAAAUAUUCACUUUGAAAAAUUUAAAAAAAUAUAUCAUGGAAGAUGGAGAAUGUUUGCAAGAUAUCCACUUAAAAAUGAUUAAAAUAUGUAUCUUCAGUAAAUCUCUCUGUUCAUUCAAUCGUUCCAACGAAAUGGUAAAAUAUUUAAUCAAGGAAAAUAAAUACGUGAGUGAAAUUUUCGAUUUAUAUUUUCUAAAAAAACUUAAAAAGUCUUUGGAGCAUUCAGACAAUGUGCAACGCUUACGACUGCUUGAUCUGAUUGCAGAUUGUGCAAAUAUAAAUAGUCAACAAUUUUGCGACAUUUUUCAAACGAAGAAGAAGAAAAAAAAUGUGACACAGGAGAAUGUUGAACAGGACGGAGGUAUGUCUUACCAGGGGGAAAAGAAGGAAACGCACAUGGGUGAUAAUGUACCAGACGCUAUUACGGAUACUUACAAUGCUGAUAUGAAUUUUGAAAACUUCACCUACGAUAGCGAAUACGAAGAAGGGGAAUGCACUUAUGAUGACAUAUCCUUUGUAAGUAAAAAUUUAGUACAGGAAGAAAUGAAAAAGCAUAAUGUACAGUUAAGUCAAAUAUGCAAAAUGAUAAAAAUUAAUAUUUACAAAUAUUUAUAUAUGAUAUAUCAGAAGGAAGAUUUACUGUUGAAAAUAAAUGUACUGGAAAUUUUUUCAAAAUUUGUGCAAAUAAAAUAUUACAGCGAUAGCACUGUGCAAAAUAGCCACCUUUUGCACACCAUCUUGAAGGAUCUACAAAAUCCCGACGACGAAGUUCUUCCCGUGAGUAUCCUCAACUCCCUCAUUUGUUACGCUCAAAUAAGUUCAUCUCUUCUUCAUUUUAUAAUAAACACACAUGACAGUAUUCUCAUGAAGACUAUCAUUUAUUUUCUGACGAACGAUUCUUCCCAGGGUAGUAGUUCCAACGUGGAAAAGUUAAUUGUUGGCAUAAAAGCUUUUGGCUACUUUUUCUCAAUGAAAGAAUCUAAUGAAGCCCUUGUAAAUCUGAACUCGAAUGCACACCUGAUCGUAAUUAAUAACAUAAGCACACAUUCACACACGAAUGUUUUAAAGCACGCAAUAAACAUAUGGAUAAAAAUUUUACCAGCCGAAUGUAUGGGUGCACAAUGGAACAAACAACUCAUUCACAGUGUCCUCUUCCAAAAGGUUAUCAAAAUAUUAAAAGAAAUAGAUGAUCAAGAGGUUCAGAUAAAUACGUAUCAAUUGCUUCGGGUCAUGAUCCCGUAUAGCAUUGUAGAUUUUAUCAUACAAGAACAGUGGCUCAUUAGGACACUCCAGAGCAGCUUUGGAAACAACAGCUACGAACUGAAGAUGAGUAGAUACUAUUUUUUUAAAGAACUUUACGAACUUAACAAAAUUACCAUAACGAAUGAUGCCUUCGCGGAUAACCUCAUCAGUAACUUCUUGGAGAAAAUGCCUAAGAGGUAUUAG